GCUGCGCUGUCGAGAGCUGCAACGCUGCUGGUCGGGAGCAGAAAAAACAUGUUCCGUUCGUCUAGGAUUAGGCAUAUUAUACCCGUGGUUAUUGACAACAAUUGACAUGUGGAUACUAUUGACACGAUAAUAACAUCAUCGUUGACAACCUGCUUAAACAUGUACCACUCAGACCACAGAGUCAAUUUCCUUGACCUCUCCUUCAGCAUUCCAGGCCCUGGAACUUUGGGUUUAGCAUCUAACCACUGAACCAACUCCCUGUCUGAUACCCCUCCACAUAUCAUAUACCCCCUACCCCAGCACCCACACAGUCUUUCCCCCUGCCCCCUGUCUGAACCCCUAUACCCGGGUACACCCAGGGACCAUGGACAACCCCCCCAAGCUGUCUGGCGAGACCCUGAUCGUUCACCACAUCCCCCUGGUACACUGUCAGGUGACUGGUGGGCGGCAGGGCUGUGGUGGAGGAGGGGGGUCCCUGAAGAGAUCAAACCCUUUCAGCUACCCAGAAACCCUGGGCUUGAGCCGCACCACCUCCCUUCCUGAGCAGGAUGUACUCCAGAGGGAAGCUCUGGUGUACAGCAGCCUCAUCCAGACCUCCACAGGAGGAGGAGGAGAGGGAGAGGGAGGAGGAGGAGGGAGAGGAGGCAGCACGGGGAGCGAUGAUUCGUCGGUGACAUCCAGUAACUGCGAGGACCAGGUGAUGGUGAUGGUGGCCCACACUAUGCCCAGGGUGAAGCCAAGAGAACAGGUCAACAACCCACUCCGGCUCCGUCACAACCCUUUUCUGCUCAACACGGAGGAGGAUGAUGAUGAUGAGGAGGAGGAAGAGGAGGAAGAUGAUGGUGAUAACCUGAACGGUUACUUGGAAGACUCCUCCUUUCAUCUCCAUGGCGAUACAAACUCCGCCCUGGACGAGGAGGGAGACGGGAUUGCACCCUUUCACCUCCACGACCUGCGGUCCACCACACACAAGCCAUUCCUGUUGCACAGCACCCUGGGUAAGCACUCUUGGGGCUGCUCAGGGAGGCUGGACUCCCUUAGGGGCGUGUCCUCUGAUCUCUCCACCCACCUGGAGGGCCUGGACCUGCUGGGAUUGGACAGUCCACGUCGCCACGGCAGCAGUGGCUCCACCCUCUCCAUGGACUGCGGAGAGCAGGAGUGGGGUGAGGAUGAGGAGGAGGAAGAGGAUCACCCAAUGAGGGGUGGGGGACGGGGCAAUAGCCAAGCUGACUCCUCCUCUGGCUCUGGCGCCGCCCACCAGCGCUGCUCCUGCUGCGGCCUCUCCCAGACAUAUCUGGAACAUUUCCCUGAACCGUUUUCAGAUUCGUCGGAACGCCAGCUGGGCUACGCCAGCGACUCUUCCUGUAACAGCUCAGAUGGCGUCCUGGUUAACUUCAGCGCCAUCUAUAAUAACAUGAACAACAGCAUCCCGGCAACCUCUACCAAGCCGCCACCUCUGGCCACCACGACCACCAACCUCAACAGCUCCACCGACCAAUCUUGCACUUCCUCUGUCUGCAUCUGCUCUGUGCUGGAUGAGGAGGCAGGGAGUCGAAGAGGCUCCGGAGGUGGGGGGGCUUUCUACCUAGACCUCCACACCUCCCCCACCGAACCCCCCCACCUCCACUCUCAACAACCCCCCUGCCCCUCCAGCAACACCCUGCCGUUACUCAUCGAACCCCACUCUCACCCUCACCCCACCACCUCCUCCUGCACCUGUUCAGCUGAACACCAGGGGGCUCUAGACCUGGACUCCAACUGUAACUCCUAUCAUCCCCCCCACUCCGACUCAGGAAGUGACCUCAUGUCCUGUCUGCGGAGCCAGGCGCGUCUGGUGGUAACCACCCAGAACUACUAUAAGCUGGUGACCUGUGACCUUUCUUCUCCGUCGCCCCCGAGCCCUGCGGGAAGCUCCGCAUCGGUUGCCAGCUGCUCUGACGAGCACAGCAAGGAUAGCCCUGCCCCUGACACGCCCACCGCCACCCAGCCAACCGAAUAUUACCUGUUCAGGCGGCCACCGGGAGGAGAGGAGGAGGAGGAGGAAGAGGAGGAGGAGGAGGAGGAGGAAGAGGAGGAGGGAGGAGAGUCAUCACAGCGUGAUGAAGAUGAGGAAGAAAAAGAUGAAGACGAGCAGGACGCGAAGAAGAGGAAGCAGCAGCAGCAGAUGGGUGGAGCCUGUUCAGACCCAAUCAUUGAGGGCCAGGUGUACGUCAACAUCUCCCCUCCUGUGGUUGGCCGAGGACCCAUCGGAGGAGGGCCCAGCCGCCCCCGUUCCCGUAGCUACGACCGGAACCUGGACAUGUCCCCGCCCCCUCGGCUCGGCUCAUUGGAGCGCAUGCUGAGCUGCCCUGUCCGUCUCAGUGAGAGCACCGCCCCCCUGGGCCCGUCCCCUCUGCCGCGGGUCACUUCCUUUGCAGAGAUCGCCAAGAGCAAGAGGAAAAAUGGAGGAAGCACGGGCUCUCCUUCUCUCAGGAUGGGGGGAUGUUCAGAUCCCUUCUCCUCCACCCAUUCGGCCCACUCCCACUCCUCGGCCGACUUCUCCCCCAUCCUGGAGGGCCUGGGUCAGGGUCCGAGCCACAGUUUGCCCUUCCAGCGCUGCUACAGCCAGGGCAGUGUGGACCGCCACUCACCUGGUGGUGGCGUCAGAGAGACACGCUCCAAGGCCGAAGGUGGUCUCUCCAGCUCUUCAUCCAGCUCAGCAGUGGUGCGUUACACUAAAGACCAGCGUCCCACCACCCUCCCCAUUCAACCCUUCACCUUCCACCACCAGUUCUCCAAGCCGCCCCAGCCCCUGCUUCCCUUGCUGACAGGCUACGUCUCUGGGAUGCAGGCCCGGGGUGGAGGGCCUUCUGGAGGUCCGGAGGGGGGUGAAGGCGCCAACGACCCAGGGGAAGACUCGAUGCGUUGGUGCCAGGGUAGUGGUGGUGAUGGGAUGGUGUCAGCAGUGGCUAGCCUCGGUCCUGGCUCGGUCCGGCCCUCGCCACUGGGUAGCUAUUCCCCGGUCCGCCUCCAGGGAUUGACAUCCAGCUCAGGGACCUGUUCUACCUGUACCCCCAGCCCCCAGCCAACCCGUAGCCUCUCCUGCCCCCUCUCCACCGGGCUCCUGCCCCUUCACCAUACCCCUUCACCAGCGGCAGCUGCCCCUCUGCCACCCACACCUCCGCCCCCAACAUUGGGGGUGAAGCGGGGUGCGGUGCCCCCCAUGUUGCCUCCGGUGCAGGGCCAGGUGCAGGGUCACCACCACCACCGUGGGACCCUGCCCACUUUACCGGCCGUUCCCCAGGACAGUGAGACUUCGCUGGGAUACGAGGAGACGACAUUAGACUCCCUGGAGGGGAGCAGAGGACCAGGGCCCAGGACACAACAUGGGCACCACCUCUCUCCACAGACUCUGAAAUGGAGGGAGUAUCGUCGACAGAACCCGUUAGGGGUGGAGAGGUGUUCCUUGGGGGGCUCUGCACGGUCAGGCGAUCCGCCUCUAUCAGGCAGUCUGGACGGGAACGGUCGUAGGGGCGGGGCCGUUGGUCAGCGAAUCACACGACGGAAUGUGUUUGACUUCCCUCCGGCCUCUAGUGGCCACACCCCCCUGGGACGACUCAAUGGCCAGUCUGUGAAGCAGCUGCAGCAGUACUACAGUGACUUCCUGCCAGACUACUUUUCCCUGACCGAGCGUCCUCCAGAAGAGUUCUGUCUCUCUCCGGAUGCCUCCUCUUCCUCAUCAUCCUCCUCUUCCUCACAGUCCCACAUCGCUGUGAACCUGCAGCAGAAGAGAGGUUUAGUCAAAGCCAUCAAUACAGCGGUAGAUUUAAUCGUAGCUCAUUUUGGCACCAGUCGGGACCCUGAUGUGAAGGCGAAGCUGGGUAACAGUUGGGUGAGUCCCAACGUGGGUCACCUGAUCCUGAAGUACCUGUGUCCGGCUCUAAGGGAGGUGCUGGGGGAUGGGCUGAAGGCCUACGUCCUGGACCUGAUCAUAGGACAAAGACGCAACCAGCCCUGGAGCCUGGUAGAGGCCUCCACACAACUAGGCCCAUCCACCCGUGUUCUCCACAGCCUGUUCUCCAAAGUGUCCCAGUACUCAGAGUUCACCAGCCACAGUAUGAGACUCAACGCAUUCAUCUUCGGACUGCUCAACUUGCGAUCUUUGGAGUUUUGGUUCAAUCACCUCUACACUCAUGAAGACAUCGUAGCGACCCACUACCACCCAUGGGGUUUCCUGCCGUUGUCCCAGAGGCCCUGCCAGCCUCUAUUCGAGGAGUUCCUUCUCCUCCUGCAGCCUCUAUCCCUGUUGCCCUUUGACCUUGACCUGCUCUUUGAGCCCCGAUUGGUCCAGAAGGGCCAGGAACACCGUAGACGCAAGGAGCAGCUCUGCUCCGCCUCCACCGGCGAGGACCUGGACCAAUCAGCAUGCUCCACCUUCCAGCUCAUGAGGGGGUGGAGCACAGAGUCACGGAGGGCGGAGUCUAUGAGAGAUAAAAUCAAAGGGAGUGGGGCGGGGAAGAGAGAGAGGCUGGGUCUGAGACGAGAGGGAACAUGGCCUAGGAUAGAAGGGGUUGGAGAGAGAGGAAGUAGAGAAGGGAUGAUGCAGAGGACAGGGUCUAGGGGAGAAGGGGCAGGGAUGGAUCGUUCAGGAGCAGGACUUUUAGAAGCACAGCCAAUGACGACGGAAGUAGGGACAGGGUUUGCCAAUCUGUGGAGGGAGAGUGGGAGGGGGAGGGGCAUAGUAAAGAGAGCAAAGGGGGUGGGAGGAGAGAGCCAGAGGGAAGGGGAAAGUGAGGGAGGGAAGGAGGAGAGGAGGAAGGAGAGAGAGAGGGAUUGGGCGGAGGAGGGUCGUCAGCGGCAGGAGCGUGAUCGGCAGGCGUGCUGGUGGUACCAGCUCAUGCAGAGUUCCCAGGUCUACAUCGACCAAUCAGCUCAGGGGGGCUCAAAGUUUGUCAAGACUGAGAAGAGGAAGAAGUCUGCGGAGAGGCGGAGCCAGCUCCCGCCCCCCAGGGAGGGCGUAGUGGAAGGGGCGGAGUCUAGCCAGGAUGAGGAGGGUCUCAGAGAGAGAGGGAGAAGCAGGAAGAGCAGCUCCAGCUCCAGUGGUGAGUGGACGGAGUCCAGGGGAAGAGGAAGACUCUCCUGGAUGGGGAGUCCCCCAGAGUCGCUGCUCACCCAGGACAAGGAGAACGAGACGGAACUGGGGGCCCCAGUGACAGGAGCACCAGAGGCCUCAGUGGCCCAGCCAGCGGCCCAGGCUGAGUGUUCCUCCCAGGGCCAGGGCAUGCGUUGGGGUAGGCUGUUUGGGUCCAGCAUAGGAGGUGGUGGCACCCCCUCCAGGCCAGAGCAGAGAUCAGCCAAAAGUCAGAGCAGGCUGCCGUCCGGCUGGCUGACAGGUCUGGACAUGUCCGUGCUGGACCUCGUAGCUCAGACGGUGGGGGUGGGGACAGGUAAGAGGGUGGAGCCUUCAGCUCCUAUGGCCCCUCCCACUCUGAACCAACCCUCUCCACCUCUUCAGACAGCACAGGAGAGCCACACCAAACAACCCUGUGAAGUACGAGCCCUGUGCCACCACAUAGCCACUGAGCCUGACCAGCUGAGUUUCCAGAAAGGGGACGUACUGAGGGUCCUGAGCCGAGCCGACUCCGACUGGCUCCUCUGCUCCCUGGGGGCCCAGCGGGGCCUGGUGCCUUUCAUCUAUGUUACCCUGAGGGGCAUGGAGGACAGCCAGGUGCCCCAAUGGCCUCAGGGACCACACUGACCUGACAGACUCAACUAGGGUUCCAAAAUUCUGUUUUUUCAGAAAUCACUGUUGGGAGAUUCCUGGAAUCAAGAGGUAAUAAGGAGGAAAUCUGUGAUUCCUCCAACCGGGAUUUCUGGUAAACCUAGGGAUUUUGGGAAAGUUAGUCUGAACCGAGGGGCCACCGAUUUUGCAACCCUAGCCCGAACCGAGGGGCCACAUUAAGGAAGGGAGAGUGGGGAAAGGAGGAAAGGACUCAGAGGACCAAAUAUGGACACACAGUAUAUAUUCACUGGGUGGAUACAAGACGAUGGAUACUCAUGGAGGAUGCUGAUAUGACUGAUAUGACUGGUUUAAAGUGUAAUUAUUGUACUGUGGGAUGAAACACAGACAGAUACACACACACAAACACACAGAUGUAAACAUGCAUGUAUGUACAUAUACAUAUACAUAUACACACAGGCGCGAACAAACAGACUUCUCUACGCAUGCAUCUACACUAAACUCAUGCAUGCAUACAUUCAGACUAUACUCACACACACACACACACACACACAUGCACACACGCACACAUACCAAAACAAACCAAAACAAACUGUAUGGGAAUACCAAACAGAGACACAUGGCUAGCUACAGAGACUGCCUCAGGUCAGCCAAUAUAUAUACCACACCUAGCUGUGCUUUACUUUACCAUGCCCCAGAAAUAUACUCUUAUCAAUCACCUAGCUGUGCCACACUUUGAACGCAGAUGCAAAUGCUAAAUGCUAGUGUAAAUGCUAGUGCUAGUCCUUGUCCUAGUGCUAAAUACAAGUGCUAGUGCUAAAGCUAGAGCUAAUGCUAGUGCUAAUGCUAAUAGAAAACUUCAGGAGACUGGUUAAAGGACUUGUCAUUAAAUGUAUCCACACUGACAUCAUGCUACUUGAUUUACUUAAUUAGCCCAGAGUAGCCAUGCUUUGUAGUAGGAUGCUAGUAUGAAAAGUAGUGUUGUUACAAAACAGAAAAGAGAAAAAAUAGACAAUAUUGUUUGCGUGAUCUAUCUCUGGGUGUGUCUUCUGACAGCUGUCGUCGUUUCUCUGUGUGGGCUAAAUACAAAUGGACAGACAGAUAAACUGGUUUGAACUGGCUUCAUUAAUUUCUCGUCAUCUGCAAAUUCCUGAUACUCAUCAUCUUGGUAACACAAUGAUUUUGGAUGGACUUAUAAACCUGACUGAUUGGACAAAGCCAACAACAUCCUCUGGUUCCUCCCUUCACUUCCUGUUUGUUUUGGUGGAUGGGAUGAACUGACCUAUCACUGCAGGUGUUGGGAAGGAAAAGGGUGGAGCCGGGCCUAGUGCAUGUAACCUAGCAACAAACUGACAAUGUUUUUGUGUCUUUUCAACUCUUCUUCACCUCUGUUAGAACCCCAAAACCCUAGCUCCUCCCACCUGCUCCACCCCUCUCUCCUUUAUCCAAUAAAACUGCACAGCUUUCAGGAGGAUACUGUACCUCUGGUACAGAGAAAACGAAGAUGUUCAAGAGGCUAUGAUAAGCUAUGAGCUGUAUGUGUCUAUAUAUAUAUCCAGACUGUAAAUGUAUAUACGACUUACUUAUUUAUUGAUUAACGACUAAUGACGAUAUCAUUUAUUAUCGUUGAGGAAAACCGUGUAGUAGAGGUGGAUAAAGAAGGAAGGAUGUCGAAUGAAAGCAACACAUGGCUUUGGAUGUCUGUUCAGGUGCUUUGGUGAAUUUUCUGAACGUGUUGGGGAGAAGGCUGUACAAACCAAUGGAGAGCCAGCUCCACCCCAACCUCCCUAUUCUAAAACGCUCUAAAAGUGGGCUUUUCUAAAAAUAUAAUAGAAGUACAUUGAAUGUUUUCAUUUCAAGCAAAAAAAUAUACACUUCAAAUGAUUCUGAUUGGUUGUAUGUAAUUGAGAAAGAGAGUAUUGUUUAUUGCGUAUGCCGUAAAGUGCUUGAGAAAGAACCACGGGAGAGCUGAUAUGCUGGACGUAUUUAGCCAUGACCAUGCCCUAUGGUCCCUACAUGAUGUUUUAUAUACGCGACGGUGCGUCCAACCAGCCACUUUCCCUGGGUUUCAGUCCUGAGAGCUCUCAGGUUAUCUGGUGGGAAAUAUUUUUGAGGAUAGGAGGCAUUUUAGAAGAAACCCCAAUGCAUUUAGUGGAUUCAGAUGUUUCAAAUGUUGCCUUAGGUUCAGAUUGAGCUGUACUGGUAAACUAGGUUCAAAUUGAGCUGUACAGGUAAACUAGGUUCAGAUUGAGCUGUACAGGUAAACUAGGUUCAGAUUUAGCUGUACAGGUAAACUAGGUUCAGAUUGAGCUGUACAGGUAAACUAGGUUCAGAUUUAGCUGUACAGGUAAACUAGGUUCAGAUUGAGCUGUACAGGUAAACUAGGUUCAGAUUUAGCUGUACAGGUAAACUAGGUUCAGAUUUAGCUGUACAGGUAAACUAGGUUCAGAUUUAGCUGUACAGGUAAACUAGGUUCAGAUUGAGCUGUACAGGUAAACUAGGUUCAGAUUGAGCUGUACAGGUAAACUAGGUUCAGAUUGAGCUGUACAGGUAAACUAGGUUCAGAUUGAGCUGUACAGGUAAACUAGGUUCAGAUUGAGCUGUACAGGUAAACUAGGUUCAGAUUGAGCUGUACAGGUAAACUAGGUUCAGAUUUAGCUGUACAGGUAAACUAGGUUCUGAUUGAGCUGUACAGGUAAACUAGGUUCAGAUUGAGCUGUACAGGUAAACUAGGUUCAGAUUGAGCUGUACAGGUAAACUAGGUUCAGAUUGAGCUGUACAGGUAAACUAGGUUCAGAUUUAGCUGUACAGGUAAACUAGGUUCUGAUUGAGCUGUACAGGUAAACUAGGUUCAGAUUGAGCUGUACAGGUAAACUAGGUUCUGAUUGAGCUGUACAGGUAAACUAGGUUCAGAUUGAGCUGUACAGGUAAACUAGGUUCUGAUUGAGCUGUACAGGUAAACUAGGUUCUGAUUGAGCUGUACAGGUAAACUAGGUUCUGAUUGAGCUGUACAGGUAAACUAGGUUCAGAUUGAGCUGUACAGGUAAACUAGGUUCAGAUUGAGCUGUACAGGUAAACUAGGUUCAGAUUUAGCUGUACAGGUAAACUAGGUUCUGAUUGAGCUGUACAGGUAAACUAGGUUCAGAUUGAGCUGUACAGGUAAACUAGGUUCUGAUUGAGCUGUACAGGUAAACUAGGUUCAGAUUGAGCUGUACAGGUAAACUAGGUUCUGAUUGAGCUGUACAGGUAAACUAGGUUCUGAUUGAGCUGUACAGGUAAACUAGGUUCUGAUUGAGCUGUACAGGUAAACUAGGUUCUGAUUGAGCUGUACAGGUAAACUAGAGCUGGUAAAAAAGGAUUAAACACUAAUAUGAUGUCAAAACAUUGUGGUUUAAGCCCUAGAUUAGGGUUUGUAGAGCCUAAAUAAUACACAAUGAAAUUAUGUAAAGUAACAUAAAAAAUGAUAGGUUAGAAAAACAUAAUAUUGCCAGGACGAAUCCACGAGGACAAGAGUUAGGUUCAAUCAGGUAAGAGUUAACCUAGCUUGUAGAUAAAGGUGUAUUAUUACUCUUAAAAAUGUAUUUUGUUCUUUUAUUUUGUUGUACAGUUAUAUUUUUUUAAUAUUUAUUUUCUUAUUUUAAUUUUAUUUUACAUAAAUGAUUUAAAUAUUUUGUUAUCUCUAAAUUAAAUAUAUUUAAAAUCUUCAAUAAUAAAUUUUGAAAGAUAGGGGUUGAAAUAUGGAUGUUAAACAGCUGUACUUUAAGACAUUAUUGCGUUAAUAACAAGCAUUUUAAAAUGUGAGUUAGUAUCAUGUUAUGGGCAAAGGACAUAACAUAUCAUAUUAUGUUAAAUGCCAGUUAUGGGGAUAAAUACCUGCCCAAAUUAUUAUGAAUAUCACCAUAUAUUUGUUCUCGUGUUUUGGCACAUAUCUAUCUUCAUAACUUGAGGAAAGAUGUCAGUUGUGCAGAAAAUUUGCAGGAAAUGUGCAGGAAAUGUGCAGGAAAUGCAGGAUAUGCAGAUGAGGAUGAGGGUUUUGUUAGUCUUCCAGGUACAGUUUGCUCUUCAUUGACAUCCUCCUGCAGGGUCAUACUACGGGACAGACAGUAUUGUACUGUAGUAGAGGUCUUAGUGAUGGAUAGAGCAGGGAGAGAGAGAGAGAGAGAGAGAGAGAGAGAGAAAAGAUACAGAGACAUUUGUAAAACGGUGCAGAUGGAUUUUCCCUCUCCUUCAUAAUUAGAAGUGUUUCAUUUAUUGUUAUAUUAUUUAAUCUUUAUAAUAGCUAGCGACCUCCUGUGGCCAAAAUACGGUACUGGUUCUGGUCUUGCCUCUCUACUUGGGAGUGAUAGGCAGAAUUAGAAAGAAGCUAAUGUAUUCUCUCUCUUCCUCAUCUCUCCUGUUCCUCUCGUCCAUGUUCCGAUAGAAGUAAACUGUUCCUCAUUCUGUAUUCCGUAUCACCGUGGCACCACUACUGUUCUCCGUGCCCAUAUGACGUGUGUAACACGUCCGUGUCCAUGCUAUAUCAACGUGCUCUGGAUGUUAAUAACAAAGUGCUCAUGUGAUCAUACUUCAAAUGUCUCCUUUGUCUUUUGUUUCUGUCACAAAAUGAUCUUCAUUUAUACAAAUGACUUGUGCCCCUCAUACUUGUUUGCGUCUCUAUAUGGCCACUAGAUGGGGGCAUUGUUCCACAUUCCUAAUUUGGAUACACCAGGUUCAAGGGCUUUACUGACCUGUGGUUCUGGUAGUUCACAUGCUGUCGGGCUGGAAACUUCUUUGGGACUUUAGGUUUACAUUACUGUUGAUGGAUUUGAAAGCUGCAACACAAGGACCUGGAAGGGAAGUGGUUGAAAACAGUAUCCACACUGUUUACUUGGUUCCACUUCUUUAAACUCUUUAAACUCUCUUUGACUUGUGUCGAAUGUAUUACUUUUUCAUUGAACCUUUAUUAAUCCAGGUAGUCUCAUUAACGAUGUAUUCAUCCACAGUUUUUAUGCAAGGAAAGUCAUACCAUAAUCACGACAUCUGUGAUUGAAACAGGAAGUUUCGGUAUAAUUUUAUAAAUGUGCGUUUGACCAAGUGUGAGCUUUUAGUGUCAGUAAAAUUAAUUAUGUGAGAAAUGACGGUGUUUAUGUGCAAAUAUUGAUAUAAUAACCAUCAUAUCAAAGUAAACUUGGAGUCACUCGA